ACGCCUGCGCAGAACACGUGAAUGGAGUUUGCCUCAGAGAUCAUUGAACAAAGUACACAUUCGAUUCAACAACAACCGCCAUUUGCGUCGAGCGAUGUAGAUCCACAUUAGAAAAUGUUUCUGAACAUGGCGUGAGUGGAGUACGCACUGUACCCUUGACUGCAACGAUGUUGGAUUACACUUGAAUGAGAAAGCGGACUGGGGAAAAUUCGACCGAAUCUGGAAACGUUCUCAGGAAGGAAACGGGGGAGUGAAGCGGAAAAAUUGAAGAGGUCUGCAAAAGGUCCUGAUGGACGUCCUCGGUGAAAAUGAAGCCCUGCAGCAGUUUUUUGAUGGGCAGGACGUCAGUGGUGUGUUGGACAAUGCAGCAGUGGACACCAGCAUUCUUGAGCAAUAUUUAAGCAAUGAUAUCGAUCCCAAUUUUAUGUUACCCGAAUCGCCUCCAGAUUCAAGUUCUGAGCCUUGUUCUCCUCCUCAAAUUCCAGAUGUUUACAGUGGAUCUGAUUUACCCAGUAGACAGUUGGCACCUGGCCUGAGCGCUGUGACAGGACACACUCAGGGUCAUCUUAAAGCUCCAGCAUCAUCUCAGUACGAUGUAGGAAACUCUAUGCAGCAUAUUAAGAGCAAACCAGCGGCUCCAGCUCAGAUCGUAUCCGAUUCGUUUUUACACUAUUCAUACAGCAGCCCAGCUGAGAGCUGCGUUCGGAACGCCGGGCCGUCGGUACAUCCUGGUCCUGUAGAUGCACUCCGAGGCUACACAGAAGCUGGCACUUCCAGCACAUCUCCAUGCCUUGUACCUAAUAAAGCAUGCGUGGACCCUUACAUGUGCUCCAAGCCUGGCUUGAAUUCAGGCCAAAUGGUACCUGAAACCAACAAGAGGAAGCGUUCGAACACUUUUGACGUAAACACAGAAGACAGCCAGUGGAGAGACCCAGUCUGGACCAGGACUUCGUUUUGUCCUGAGAGGAACACUUGCGACAUUCCAGGAUAUGACGGUGAUGUCCAUGCGGCAAGUCCAGCAAUGGCGUACCAGCUACUGAAAUGGGAGCUCUAUCAACCGGACCAGUGGUGCAGCCUGUACAACAGCAGCUACCAAACACUCCCUCCACCAGGUUACCACGUGGACACCGAUAAAGGUUUCAGCUACUCAGCAGCCGACGAAGCGUUUGUGUGUCAGAAGAAAAACCACUUCCAAGUUACAAUAAACAUUGGGAUGGCUGGAGACCCCAAAUACGUGAAGACACCGGCAGGGCCGAUGCUUGUUGACGGCUUUCAAGUGAAGGUCUUCGGAAUCAAGCUCGAGGCUCAGACCCACCACAUCACCAUUGAGCAGUCACAGUCAGACCGCAGCAAAAAGUCUUUCCUGCCAGUCCAAGUAAACUUGCCUGGAAAUAAAAUCACCAAGAUUACACUCGGAAGAUUACAUUUUGGCGAGACGACUGCAAAUAACAUGAGGAAGAAGGGCAAACCUAAUCCUGACCAGAGGUACUUUCUAAUGGUUGUCGGACUUUACGCUACAGUCAAAGAGAAGAGUUACCUGCUGGUCGCCAAUGUAUCUGAGAGGAUCAUUGUCAGGGCCUCGAACCCAGGACAGUUUGAGAAUGACAGCGACGUGAGCUGGCUAAAAGGACAAACCCCAGACUCAGUGGUGUGCCAGGGCCUCGUAGGGAUCAAUACCGAUGCCCCAGAUGAGGCUCUGGUUGUUUGUGGAAACGCCAAGAUAAUGGGUACCAUCAUGCACCCCUCGGACAGCAGAGCGAAGGAGAACGUCAAAGAGGUGAAUUCAACAGAACAGCUGAGAAGAAUUGCCCAGAUGAGAAUUGUUGAAUAUGACUACAAACCGGAGUUUGCAUCAAAGAUGGGCAUUGAUCAGGUGCACGAGACAGGCAUCAUAGCACAGGAGGUGAAGGAACUGAUUCCCACAGCAGUGAGAGAAGUAGGAGACGUCACAUGCUCUGAUGGACAGAAAAUCCGCAACUUCCUCAUGGUGGACAAAGAACAGAUCUUCAUGGAGAACGUAGGGGCUGUAAAAGAGCUCUGCAAGCUCACAGACAACCUGGAGACACGCAUCGAGGAGCUGGAGGUGUGGAACGCUCGCCUGGCCAAGCUGAAGAACCUGGGGAGCAUGCGCUCGAAAAACAACUCUGCGAAUAAACGAGGAGUCAAUAAAGGCACUAAAAGCCAAACCUCAGUUCUUCCUCAAAAGCCCUCGCCAGCAAAAACUAGUAAAGAGUAUGUGCGUGAGAAAUAUCGCCACUGCCUCCAGCACAGAAUAUUCCAAGCGACCAUCAUUCUGCUUGUGGUGACCAUGGCUUUUUGUGCCAUCUGUAUCACUACACUCUACAUGCUCACAUUGAGAGAAGACAUGGAUUUUGGUUCCAGUAAUGAAAGCAUGCAUGAUGUCCAUACUACUACACAAAUUGGGACUACAGUCACACCUACUUCCUCCCCUGGCCCUUGGCCCCCGGACGUUGAUUUCUCUAGCGUCUUUUACUCAGAUGAAGUUUAUUGCUGCGUGCUUACAACAUCCAACAGCCGCAUAUCUGUUCGAACGAGUUCAACUGUCGAGCCAGGAUUUCAUAAAACCCCUUCUAAUGCCAAACAGAGUCUGCCAGAUGAUAUUCAAUUGGAAUGGUUGCGCCACUACAGCGAUUGGACAAACACAACCAUCAGGUCGAUGCUUAUCUCUCAGAACCAGCAAGUCAUUGACCACCAUUACAUAGACCAGGAGAAUUCUCGCAAAGGCAACUACAGCUACCGGAUCCCUAUUAGUAAGCACAUUCCCAUCAACAUGCCGUUCACCCUGCAGAUGAACACUACUGAGCUUUUAGUGGCUCACUUGUGUGCAUACGAGCUGAGGGAAGAGUGCACUGCUGUAAUGGACUAUAAUGACUCUGAAUUCCAGCGAGUCCCCAACACACAGGGGUACGUCCAUGAGUGGCCCCUAUCGGUGGCUCGACAUUUCCGAUCGUCGUAUCACUUCCGUCUCUCAGUAGCGGGUCAGGCGCAUUGUUCCACAGACCCCAACUACGUGGGAAUUCUGUUUACUGACUACCACUUCCAUUUCUACCGCCGCUGCCAGUGACGCUGAAGUCGCACGGAAUGAAUGAUAAUAAAUCUGAUGAAUCUGAUAAUUCUGCAGCUCAGGCAACAUUCAAAGGAGAGAAGAACUGAUACUGAAUACCAGGGCAACAAAUACAUUUCUCACACAAUGGUUUGCAUGUUUGAGUGUGUGUUUGUGUGUGUUUGGGGGUUUGACUGAAUCUUGUAAUGUAUACACUAUAAUCCGAUAAUAAAUUCAUAGGCAGGAAAUCAA